UGAAGUAUGUGACGCAAGCAGAGCCAAAAGCCAUUCGGUCUAUGCUGCUUGUUCUAAUUCAUCGGGGGGGUCAACUCCUUAGGUGCGGAUGAAGAAACAGAUUUUGCACUUAUUUACAUUCAGAGGGAUAGUGAGCAAAGGCAAAAAGGGGAAAAAAAGAAAAUGGCCAAUUUUAUAUUACGGACAGCCCAACCGGACGAUGUAUCUGAUAUCCUGCGACUCAUAAAGGAACUUGCAAAAUUUGAAGAGAUGGAAGACCAGGUCAUCCUCACUGAGAAAGAGCUACUUGAAGACGGUUUUGGAGAUCAUCCAUUCUACCACUGCCUGGUUGCUGAGGUGCCAAAAGAAAAGAGAGCACCUGAUGGGCAUGCUGUCAUUGGGUUUGCCAUGUAUUACUUCACUUAUGACCCUUGGAUUGGAAAGCUUCUCUACUUGGAGGACUUCUUCGUCAUGCCAGAGUUUCGGGGGUUUGGCAUCGGGUCGGAGAUUUUGAAGGUGUUGAGUGAGACGGCAGUGAGAACUCGAUGCAGUAGCAUGCACUUCAUUGUGGCAGAAAACAACACAAAGUCUAUUGAGUUCUACAAGAGAAGGGGGGCAGCUGACCUUUCCUCCGAGGAAGGCUGGCGCCUGUUUUCCAUUGAGAAGGAGAAGCUGUUGAAAAUGACCACCAAAUAAAAUGUUUUCUGUUCA